AUGAACGAAAUCACGACCUCCUCAAAGGGCAAACGUACCGCAAAGACCAAGGCUGAGGAAGCAGCAGCACUUGAGAGACGUAGAGCCCAAAAGGAAAUCGCGGUUUUUGGGGAAGAACGCGAACCAAGACCCGGAGCUUUGUCUGUCCGUGAGACUUGGUGGCGCCGGCAGUAUGACUGGCUGAAAGUUCAAGGAUACCUACUGCGUCCUCGGUACGCUCCGGACUGGGUCCCAUCCUGGGAGGGUUCCAAACGUCAUGCGUUGGAUUGUGAAGAUGGUCGUGUUUUACGCUUUGGCCAAGUCAUGGAUGCAACUCGCGUGCCUGACGGCUCGUAUGUGUCUCUCAAAAUGGUGAAGAAAUCAAGGCAUCCUCACGAAGUAGAGAUUGGGCAAUAUUUCAUGUCGGAAGAACUUUCAUCCAAUCCCAAGAACUACUGUGUUCCGUUUCUCGAUGUCCUGUCAGUUCCAGACGAGAGCGACAUACAAAUUAUCGUGAUGCCAUUAUUGCUUCCAUUCACCAAGAUUCGAUUCGAUACCUUCGGCGAAGUGGUGGAAUGCCUUAGGCAACUUUUUGAAGGUCUGUGGUUUAUGCACAACAAUCAUAUUGCGCACCGUGACUGCAUGUGGAUGAACAUUAUGAUGGAUGCCAAAGACCUCCAUACAGAACCAUACCAUCCCGUAAUACCCUACAUGAAGCGCGAUUUCAGUGGCCAUGUGGGCUAUUAUACUCGCACUCAGCAUCCACCAAAAUAUUACUUUAUCGACUUUGGCUUAUCGCGCCGAUAUGAUGCCAGUGAAGAAAACCCACUAGAGUAUCCAAUAUUUGGGGGCGACAAAUCAGUGCCGGAAUUCCGGAAUAAUGUGGAUGUCCCGAUGAACCCCUUCCCCACUGACGUCUACUAUCUUGGCAAUGUCGUCAGAGAACAGUUCCUGAACGUAAUCACCCUCCGUUUAUUGCUUAUGACUGUAAUCAAGACGAAAAAGGGAUUCGAGUUCUUGAAACCACUCGUUGACGAUAUGGUUAACGAUGAUCCACACGAAAGACCUACAAUGGAGGUGGUAGUUGAGCGAUUUGAAUCCAUUCGACAGCAACUUAGCACUUGGAAACUACGCUCUCGUAUUAUAUCCCGGGACGAAGGUCCCCUUGAGAAUCUUUAUCGUGGUGUUACCCAUUGGAGUCGACGAAUAGGUUUCAUUGUCAAACGUGCGCCAGCAGUACCUCGCCUUCGGGAAUGA